UCGUCACCGCCGCCGGCUGCUGCUGCGCCCGGGAACGAGCUGGCAUGUAUUGACGUCAGACGGAAGCCGGGCACACACGCGCGUAUGUACGUGCACACGCGCGCACGGGAUGUUCUCGUUUGACGAACGAGCGCGCGGCCAGUCACACAAGCCCUAGACUCUGGAGAGCAUUGAGGCGAGCGGUCAUGAGGAAAGUAUGUGCACACAUGGACCGCGAACAUGGAGUAUUAUGAAAGAAAGAGAGAGAGAGAGCGCGGUGCUGACAUCUUCCACGUUUGAAUUCAGACCGCUGACAGAACAAGCAGCUCGCAGCUUCGGGAUAUCUGCAGGAUAUUUGCACAACAAUGGCGACUCUCCAACAGUGAGGAAGAUUUUUGCCCUCCACCCCCUUCCUCCCUCUGUCCCUGACACCUUGACACGACAAUUUUCCAUCUGCGUUUUCCUCGUAUCACUGGCUCCAUCUUCCUGAAGCCCUUAUUUUCAACUCCUCCUCCAGUCCCCCAUACCUUUCAACCCCUAUUUUUCUUUCAAUCAUGGAUUCCUCUGGAGAAAUAACUUCAGCCCAGGAUGGACAUCCCGAACUCAGGAGCAGCCCUGGUCGCUGUGAUCUCAGCGGACUGUACCAUCUGGGUCGGACAUUGGGCAGGGGCCACUUUGCGGUGGUCAAACUGGCUCGUCAAGUCAACACUGGGCAGCUGGUUGCUGUCAAGAUGAUUGACAAGACAAAACUUGAUGUCAUGGCAACGAGCCACCUCUUACAAGAAGUGAGGUGCAUGAGGCUGGUGCAGCAUCCCAACGUGGUUCGCCUCUACGAGGUCAUCGACACACCCACCACCCUCUACCUGGUCAUGGAGCUGGCCGAGGGGGGUGACCUCUACGACUACAUCCUGCGCCACGAGGGAGGCGUGGCUGAAGACACCGCCAAGCGUCAUUUUGCCCAGAUCGUGCGCGCUGUGGCGUACUGCCAUCAGCUCCACGUGGUGCACCGGGACCUGAAGCCUGAGAAUGUAGUGUUCUUUCCCCAGCAGGGGGCUGUGAAGCUGACGGACUUUGGGUUCAGCAAUUUAUUCCAACCUGGGAUGAUGUUGGCCACCAGCUGUGGGUCACUAGCGUACUCCGCUCCAGAGAUUCUGCUGGGAGAAGAGUAUGAUGCUCCAGCUGUAGAUAUCUGGUCUCUCGGGGUGAUCCUGUACAUGCUGGUGUGUGGAGUCCCUCCCUUCCAGGAAACCAACGACAGCGAGACUCUGGUCAUGAUUCUUGACUGUCGCUAUUCCGUCCCUGAACAUGUUUCAGGCGACUGCAGAGACCUGAUCUCCAGGAUGCUCCAGAAGGAUCCGUCUUGCCGCGCGUCACUCGAGGAGAUCGAGGCUCACCACUGGCUGCAGGGGCUGGAUAAUGCCCUGCUCAGCCCGGAGGCCCCACCCCACUGGCUCUCAGGGGCCCUCUCUCCCAGCUCUCCCCGCUCAGGAGUGCCUGAGUGUGGGGACCUGCUCGCUGCGAGGCCCCCGUCUCAGCAAGCUUUCCCUGGACCUUGGCAGCCCAGCCUCAGCUUCACCCUCCGUCCACCUCUGAAUGAAGAGCCUCCUGUCACCAAGAACCUCCCGGCGUUACAGCAGAUCUGUGAGGAAGAAGAAGAAGAGGAGGAGGAGGAAGAGGAAGAGGAGGAGGAGGAGGAGGGCAGUCUGGCAAAAGAGGGUGGAGGUUUGGUGUCAUCUUUGUUAGUAGAGGAGCUCGAGAAAGAAGCUGAGGAGAUGCUUGAUGGAGCAGAUGAUCAAGAGUGCAGGGAAGAGGAAGAAAGAGAGGAAGAGUUAGAACGCUCAGUGGAGAUGUUGGAGGAGGAAGAGGAGGAGGUGGAGGUCAAAGCUCAGAUGGAGAUGGACAUAGAGAAAGAAAACAGUGAGAGUGUGAUUUCAGACCAACCAGUCAGUCAUGGAGACAAUCCUGUCAGUCAGAGUCCUGAAAUCCCACCAUCAUCUCUGCCUGGCUUGGGGGUCCCGUGCUGUCAGGGGCAGCCAGACCCCAUAAGCCCAGAGGGAGGAGAGGAUGAGGAGACAGAACCCAACAACAACACCAACAAACCUCCUCUUCUCCCUGAAUCCAACUCCUCUGUCCCCUCCAUCCCUGCUCCCUCUGCCAGACUCAGCCUGAACGGGAAGGAAGCUCAAAAGACAGGACAGGAAGGAAAACAAGACGAGAGAACGGAGAAAAGCGGGAGAGAUGACCUCUCAACAGACAGAUCUCAACCCCACAAUGCACUGGGGGCGCGGGAUGAGGCUGCUCCGAGGGUGGAGGCAGGGAAACGGCACAGCUUAAAGUUGCGUGAGAGACUGUUUCAGUUCCCUCUCUGUGAAAAAGCUCUGGCCUUCAACAUACCGACACACAACAAGCCCAAGAUUCUCCCGCUGGCUCAGUACAACUGCUGCCAUGUGCUAUAAGUGAAGUCAGGCUGAGUGUCGCAUGUGAUGUGCUGCUGGCUCACUUGGGACAUGCAGGCUGUUUAGCAGUCGGCAGGUGGCCGGCUACACAGCACAAACCUUGUGAAGUGGCAAACCACUGAGCUGCCUGCUAAGCCUUCAUGCUGCAGAGACCUUGAGGCAAAGGAGCAAAGGCCCUCAGCAUGCAGACACCAAGUGUACAGGAAGGGACGUGUAAAGCUUCAUACGUACAGACACUCGGUUCUAGCAUCGUGCUCAUGUAAUUAACAUUGUGUUAAGCUAGAGUUUGUGUACAGCACAGUAGUUGAGACGUAGUAGAACCUCAUCCAUUUGCUGCUGUGUGCAGGAGCUACCGUAGAAUUACAGUGACGGGGGUGUGUCUGAUCUGUAGCUUGGUAGGAACAGUACUGGACCUACAGGAGAUAGUGAGACAGAGGACAGAUGGGACUUUAUAUACAGGGUGUCGAGGAGACAUAAUUACUGCAACAGUUUAUUACUGAUAUAAGCUAUAGUCCGUUUUGUGUGUUUAAAAGGUGCCUACUAUGAUUAAUAGGUUUCAUACUGUAUGUGGCAACUGUGUCACCCUGGUUCUGACUGUAAAACUUCAAAAAGCUCUAAAAGUCAGAAUGUUUUAGCACUCAGUAGAUCCAUGAUUAUGAUCAUAUUUGAUAUUAUAUGGAUAAGAAUAAACUUUGAACCAGCUUCUGCUACAGAGUAGCACUCGUUUUCUCUUCCCUUUGCACAACCUGCUUCUCUCAUUGUUUGAAACUCUUAAUAUAAGCUCUUAUAAUGAACGACUGAGACUGUUAUGAUAUGAUAUGAUUUGAUAUGAUAUGAUAUGAUAUGAUAUACUGUAUAAUAUAUGGCUAAGACUGAGAUGAAUAUAUGAUUUUCUGUCCUCUUAAUCCUAAAGUCGUAUUCAUUUAAUGGCUUGUCCUAACAUACUGUAUAAUAAUGUUGAAAGGAUCAUUGACCAUUGAUUGGGAUGCAGGUCUUCCGUUGUAUUUGAGUGCUUAUUUUUAAUUAUACUAAAAAUUUUAAUAAUGUUUGAUCAUAGUUUUAUUUUGGAUGUGCAGAUAUCAAAGCAUAUGAAGUAUCUUGAUUUUUUUAUAAUGUGGCAAAGAUAUUUUCUCUUAACUCAUCCUUAGGGGAGAUGUUUGACUUGGUGCAUGUUAUUACUGAUAUUUAUCACAAUAUACCUCUAUGUGUCUUGGAUCUGACAGGACAUUGUUCUUGUGUAACUGUAAGUACCUUGAGGUAACCCACUGAAUGAUGAAUGGCACACAGUAUGACUGCUGUAGCUGGUAACGUUCUACAAGUGUUUUGGGACCGAUGGAUAGAUUUGUUGGUCAUUUUGACCAACUGUCAUUGACAAGUUACUGAGUAGUGGAGGGGUCUCUCCAUAUAGUUUUAUUUUACCAUAUAAUGCCUCUGUGUGUUUCUAUAUUUUCACAUGCACACUGUAUAUGUCCUCAAGAAGAAGUGUAAAGUUUCAUAGAGGAUCAGAAGGCCAAAGCUGUACAAUAAGCUACAUUUUCCCCUCAUAGCUCAGCAAACAGAGCUUACUCCUGUCAAUCACUGCAGCUUCAGGGGUACAACAAAUUGGAUUUUUAACUUGUGACCUGCGAUCGGAUAUUCUCUGCCUAUAUAAGGAGUGGAUGUCACAUGAAAUCUGAUUAUCGCUCACAUUUCAUCAGCCAUGCAAGCAUAAAAUCUGUGCAGAAGAGGGAUAAAAUCCCAUUAUUUGUUCCUGUGUGAUUGCAGCCUGUCUCACCCCAGUGUGUCUGUGUCUACUGACCUGCAUUGUAAUUAUAGGACCACGUCUCUAUGGAGCCAUGAACUUAUUUUUCUGUAUUUAUUUAUUAAAAUUGAUUAAAUCAACAGCAUGAAUG